AUGUCUCGGGCCACUCUGACAGGGGGUGGCUGGGCUGACUUGUGCGCGUUUCAUUGUUCGACAACAGGUGCUGGACCUGCAAGAGGCGUAAAGUUAAAUGCGAUGAGAGGGCCUCUGGCUGUGGGAAUUGUGAGAAGAUGAAGAUUGCUUGUGAAGGUUAUGGUAUCAAGCUUCAGUGGAUCAACGUUUCGAAUCCGUUUCUCGAGCAGGAGAAGCCUGGUAGUAGCAGUAAUGGCAGAGGGAGAAUACGGAUUGGCCGUACUACAGGGCCAGAGUAUCAGAUGAAAGACAUUGACUCCUUCUUGGCAUUCCUCGAAGAAGCACCAACCUCAAAGGGUAUCAUACAAGAAGGCCCUUUUGCUCUCUUCCAGGCCCACGACAGCAGUCAUGAACCCGGCCAAGUUUAUGACUUGGAAAGUCCGGAUGUUGCAGUCUCUGAUUGCUCAUUGGCCAACAGUGCUCACCACAACUCAGAAUCGACAGGGUCCCAAGAGGAUCCAACAGCCUCUCCAAUUUACACUGACUGCGCAAGCUCAAGUCCUUCUUUCUCCACGGCACGAGAGGACGGAUCUCCAUAUCAGGUUUGCUUCGAUGUGGAGCUCGUCAGAGCCUCGCAGGAUGAUCAAGCCACGCCAGAGUUCCAACUCCAAGAUGAAUUCAGCUCUUCGCUGGGUGACAUUGCGGGGCUGUUGGAGGACGCAAUCGAGCUAUUGCCAAUACAGCCGCAAAAUGAUAUUUCAUAUACGAGAUUGCCCCGACGGAUGUCUACCAGCAUAUCAGGCGACGCAGUCAUCGAUAGACUCAUGCAUCACUACGUGGAAAACAUCGCGAGUUUACUUCAACCGAUCCCACACCCCCAGAAUCCUUAUCGAAAGCUUUACGUCCCGGCAGCUCUCCAGGCAAUAUCGGAAUGGCUACCGAAAGCCAAGAUGGCCACACCGACCGUUUCUUCCGUCAUUUUCCACUCCCUCAUAGCAUCAUCUGCCUUCCAUCUCGGCAACUGUGGCCCCGAGCAGACGAAAUAUCUCACCCUCGGGUCGCAGCAUCGCCAAGUAGCGCUGCAUUGUUUACAGUCCGCCAUCAACCCCGCCAUGGCAACAUCGGAGUACAAGCUGCUCAUGGUGGCCAUGUUAUCAAUGGUGACCAUUAGCAAUUUCACGACAGGCAGUGAUGCUGACUUUGUGAUCCACCUGCAAGGCACAAAACAACUACGAAAAACGCGACGCCGAUGGAAAGUCAUCAGUAGAGCAACCCGGCAACUGAAUGAGAUUAGCGACUUCCUGUACCUUCUCACUCGCACAGUCUCAUUCUCCUUCACACCAGGACCGUGGCCGUCGGAGGGCGCAGAGGAUGUAGACGAGCCAAUCGCUUCGCAGGCGGAACCCGAUAGCUGCUUUGGGUACAUGUACGGCAUCACGCCUGCCAUCGCUGUGGAUGUUGAGGAGACGUGCCGACUGGCGGAGUAUCUUCUCUGGUACGAAGGCACAGAAGAGCCCAUCCCAGAGGGACUACUCGAAGCCUGCGAGAGCCUCGGCGACCGACUAUGCAAUUGGUCUCUAGACCUCGAAGACGUCCGCCAAGCGAUGAACCAGGACGCAGAAACCCUAGAAAUCUUUCAACACCACGCGAAUGCCUGGCAUUUAGCUGCGGUGAUCUACUACCACCGACGCAUCCAAAAGUGCCGCAGCGAAAACCACCACCAGCUCUUAGCCGAAAUCGCCGAACACAUGCACGCCGUCGAGGACAUCAAGACACGGUCGAAAUCUACAAAGACCAACUUUAUGGCCCCUAUAACGUGGCCUGCCUUUGUAGCCUCGUGCGACGCCCGCAACCGCGAACCUUGGGAGCGCUGGUGGGAGAGGAUCAAGUGCUACCGGGUUGCCAACAGCCGGACGCAGUGGAAGGUUGUCCAACGUUUGUGGGAAAGACGGGAUGAACUAGAGCAAGCGGGCGUCGGGACAUUUGAUUGGAUCCAGGCGUUUAAAGACUUUGGGAUUGCAUUGUUUCCAAUCUGAUCAUUAGAUUAUGCUGGCGCAAGGUAUGGGAUAGAGGAUCUAAGCGCUUUGAUGAUAAUCCUUCAGACCU